UUCUUUUUUUUUUUUUUUUUUUGACACAAGGUGUUAAUGUACAGCUUUAACUGGCUUAGAACUCACUGUGUAGACCAACAAGUAAUAGAGAUCAGCCUGCCUCUGCCCCCUCCCUGACCAAGCUCUGGAACUAAAGGGAUAUACAACCAUGCUUGGCUUUCUUAUAGAUCCCAGGCUGACCUUGAAUUCACAAUCCUUACUUAGCCUCCUUAGGGCUGGGCUUACCGGCGAGCCCUCCCACUCACUACCAGAGAACAGAGUUCUUCAGAGAUCUAAAUGUUCCUGAGAAGGAUUCUUGGUAGAGAAGAACCUUGCAUUUCCUCAAUUGCUUGCAUUACUCGGUUCCUUGAACAUGGUUCUUCUCCCCCCGUUGACUCCUUUCUCCUAGGUUAUAUCCCAGAGUUCUCUCCUUCUUUGGUUCCAUGUUUUCUGCUCCUAGAUUAAAGAUGGAGACUCUAGGGAUCUCCAUUAGUUUUGGAGCUCGCUGUGUACUGUUACAGUCACAGCAAUGUUGCCUCACCAUCUCAUCUCUGUCUAUCACCCCUUGCAGUAAAAUCAGGCUACCUCAGGCUGCAGAACCUUUCCUCUUCUAGGUCAGACAGCUCUGUUGCUGACGGCCAUUUUUUUUUCUUUUUUUUUUUUUUCUUUUUUCUUUUUUUCGGAGUUGGGGACCGAACCCAGGGCCUUGUGCUCGCUAGGCAAGCGCUCUACCGCUGAGCUAAAUCCCCAACCCACGGCCAUUUUUUUUAACCUACCUCUAAAACCCUAGACCUUGUAAAGUCUAAUGUUUACUUUCAUAGGCUUGUUCCUUAGAGAAAUGGAUUUGAACGAUAUUUAACAUCUUUCUCAUCCUAUCUCGUGUGUAGAAGAAAUUGUGUCAGAGACCUCAUCAUAUGUCUCUAGGGAAAUAGAAUUCCACCUAAUCUUUUUUAUAGAUACCUUCCCCUGUCCUCAAGAACCAAAGAUGAGCUCCAAUCAUAUAAGGAUCUACAGGAAAGGGUACAUCCAGAGCUUGUCCGUUGUGCGGUCUUCCUAGAACACCAUUUCUUUGGAGUUGGCUGGGACAUCGCACAUUUGGUUUGUGGGGUGGGGCUUGCUUGUGAUAAGGUCUAACCCAGGUUGGUUUCAAACUCCUUGGCAAAGGGUUCAUCCUGUUUCAGCCUCCUAAGCAGCCAGGACUACAGUCAGGUGGCACUACACGGGAUGCCACAUAUUUGGAUGAGAGUCUUUUGACCCAAUCUAUUGAUAGUCCAGUGCUACAAUGCCAGCUCCCUUUUCAUUACCAUCCUUUCUACACGUGCUCCACAGGCAGGAGCUGUUACUAUGGAAAUGUAUUAUUUUUAAAAACAGACUCAGCCUAGGGCUUGGGAAAUAUCUCGAGAACAAACCCACGCAAGCAAGGAGGUUAAUAGGGGGGGGUUCCUGAAUCCUAGCUCCAGGGGGAAGGAGGAUGAUGAUAGUGUUCUAGUCUCAACCUUUACCAGGUUUGCCUUCAUUUUUCUCGCCGUUGAUAUUAACUGGAUUUUGGCAAGCACCUCUAUCUGGGAGGGAUAUCUUACCCACUCCUUACCAUGCGCCUAGCCUCAUGCAAGGAGCUGCUGAGCCAGGAGGUGUUGAGAGUGAGUGGUGAUUUCCACAGGGACUAACUCACUUUUAACCUGCAGGCGUCCAACCAUAGCAAUUUAAGAAACGCAGGGGAAAACGGGCGGUAUCUCAGUUAAGUGAAGUUCCCUUGCCUGGUACUGAAGGGGUGCACAGGGGUUUCAGGACCGGGCGGUACAGUUAAAGACUCCGCCUAUUCUCAUCCCGGAAUCCUCUACGUGUGCAGCUCAACCCUCCCCCACUUCACCCUCCUCUAGCUCUGAGCGGCGAGUUAGCUCGGCCCCGCCCGGUGAGGGCGCGGCUCCUUUAAGGGCGGGUGGGGGCGGGGCGCCGGCGGUGUUGUCAGUGUCAGUUCUGCGCACGCAGCCCUCCCGGAGCCGGUGCCGGCCCGCGAGCCCCGGUGUCUCCGCAGACUGGUCUCUGCCGGUGUCCGGCGGGGGCCCAAGCCGUGGGAGGAGUCGGGUGCUAGCUGGAGUCUAGCUGGGGUCACAACGCCGGUGUCAGGGACCCGGAUCUCCGGCUACGGAGACAGAGCCCGAGCGUCGCGACCCCGGAGAACCUCUUCUCUAUCGGUGGCACCGACUGGUCCUAGGAUCUCGGCGGCGCCGGAGAGUCCCGGAGCCCGCGCUCUCAGCCCCGGGGGAGCUCGCCCACGCCCCACGGUCCAUCCGGGCCAUGCUCCCCCGGGGCAGCGGCUGAGCCCGAGCCGGGACCAGAGCCCGCGGGAGCAUGGAUCCAGACUGGGGGCAGCGGGAUGUGGGCUGGGCGGCCCUGCUGGUCCUCUUCGCCGCCUCGCUGCUCACGGUAUUGGGCUGGUUGCUGCAGUAUGCCCGGGGUUUGUGGCUGUCGCGAGCCGGUGGGGGCCGAGACUCUCGACCCGCUUCAGCUGCCGAGCCCGGGGGUUCAUUGCGCGAGCUGGGUGUGUGGCGUUCGCUGCUGCGUUUGCGGGCGACCCGGAGCAGCGCCCCCGAGGAAGCCGGCGUACGGGGCCUCCUGGCUUCGCUCUUUGCCUUCAAGUCUUUCCGGGAGAACUGGCAACGGGCUUGGGUGCGAGCCUUGAAUGAGCAGGCCUGCAGGGACGGGAGCUCCAUCCAAAUCGCCUUUGAGGAGAUACCCCAACUCCCACCAAGAGCCAGCAUUAGUCAUGUGACCUGCGUUGACCAAUCAGAGCGUACCAUGGUGCUGCACUGCCAGCUGGCUGCUGAGGAGGUGCGCUUCCCCAUCUCCGUGACCCAGCAGUCCCCCGCUGCCGUCUCCAUGGAGACCUACCACGUCACUCUGACACUGCCACCAACACAGUUGGAAGUCAGCCUUGAGGAAAUCCCUGAUGAGGGGCUGCUGGUGUCCUGGGCCUUCACGGACCGCCCAGAUCUCAGCCUGAAGGUGCUUCCCAAGUCUCAGACUAGGGAGAGAGAUGAGGAACAACCAGAGCUUUCAACAGUUGAGGAACUGAUCAAGGACGCUAUCGUCAGCACUCAGCCCGCCAUGAUGGUCAACCUCAGGGCCUGCUCUGCCCCAGGAGGCCUGGUACCCAGUGAGAAGCCACCCACGAUGUCCCAGGCCCAGCCAUCCAUCCCCAGACCUACCCGACUAUUCUUACGGCAGCUUCGAGCAUCUCACCUGGGAAGUGAGCUAGGAGGUACUGAGGAACUGUGCUGUGCUGCUGAGCUUGACAACCCCAUGCAACAGAAGUGGACCAAACCCACAAGGGCUGGCUCUGAGGUGGAAUGGGCAGAGGAUUUAGCUCUGGAUCUGGGUCCCCAGAGCCGGGAGCUGACCCUCAAAGUGCUCAGGAGCAGCAGUUGUGGAGAUGCUGAACUCCUUGGCCAAGCCACACUGCCUGUGGGCUCACCUUCCAAACCACUGUCACGGAGGCAAGUGUGUCCACUGACUCCAGGGCCCGGGAAAUCCCUGAGCCCAGCGGCCAUCGUGACAGUGGAGCUACACUAUGAGCAGGGCUCUCCUCGGAAUCUGGGCACGCCCACCUCUUCCACCCCUCGCCCCAGCAUCACACCCACCAAGAAGAUUGAGUUGGACCGGACCAUCAUGCCUGAUGGCACAAUCGUCACCACUGUUACUACUGUGCAGUCCCGCCCCCGUGUAGAUGGCAAACUAGCAGACUCCCCCUCCCGCUCCCCGUCCAAGGUGGAGGUGACUGAGAAGAUGACAACUGUGCUGAGUGAGAGCAGCGGCCCCAGCAAUGCCUCCCACAGUAGCAGCCCAGGGGAGAGCCACCUUUCCAAUGGCUUGGAUCCAGUAGCAGAGACAGCAAUCCGCCAGCUGACGGAGCCCAGUGGGCGGGCAGCCAAGAAGACACCCACCAAGCGCAGCACGCUCAUCAUCUCUGGUGUUUCCAAGGUGCCCAUCGCUCAGGACGAGUUGGCACUCUCCUUGGGUUAUGCAGCAUCUCUGGAAGCCUCAAUGCAAGAUGAUGCAGGAGCCAGUGGUGGUCCUUCAUCACCUCCCUCAGACCCCUCAGCCACAUCCCCAGGACCCGUUGAUGCUCUCUCCAGUCCCACAAGUGUCCAGGAAGCAGACGAGACAACACGUUCAGACAUUUCUGAGAGGCCGUCGGUGGAUGAUGUUGAGUCAGAAACAGGGUCUACUGGUGCCCUGGAGACCCGAAGCCUCAAGGAUCACAAAGUGAGUUUCCUGCGAAGUGGCACUAAGCUCAUCUUCCGCCGGCGGCCCCGACAGAAGGAAGCGGGUCUGAGCCAGUCGCACGAUGACCUGUCCAACACAACAGCCACACCUAGUGUCCGGAAGAAGGCUGGCAGCUUUUCCCGUCGCCUUAUCAAGCGUUUUUCCUUCAAGUCCAAACCCAAGGCCAAUGGCAACCCUAGCCCCCAGCUCUGAGAGCUCCUGAACUAGGAGAGGGCAAGAGUUCUCUUAGUUUGUCCCCCACAUCCCCUUCUGUACCCCUUCUUGGAUCCCCAGUGCUGGGACCAGGAAAGCCCUUGGGUUAUAGGAAACCCCAGCACUCUGGGCUGUGGGGUUAGCGGGAAGGGUGUCUCACAUGGGAAGCAUUUGAGAGGCAACAGUUGUUGCUGUGGACAUAGGAGAGUUUGGCAGCUGAGAGUAAAGGGCAGGCUCUGUCUCUCUUGUGUGGACAUUCUUCAGAAGCCUCUGCAGUCUGCUGGUACUGCCCCCAGAGGGGAGUCCAGAGCACUCUCUUCAGCAGAUCCUUCUCCCUUAUUUAUUCUCUUUUCUAUUUAUAUAUGUGGUCUAGAGCCCUUGGCAAACAGAUGAUAGAGGGCAUCUCUCCCAGGUGACCCUUUUCUGUCCCAGGAGGGUAAGGCAAUUCCCAGGACAGGUUUCUACACCUCCCUUGGGAGUCCUCUUUUAGACCAGCACCGAUGUCUGUCUGCCUUCAGAAGACAUUGGCAGAUCAUAGGAAGCCGGCCUAGUGCCCGGGAUGGGGGGCAGGCACUCCCCACCUCCCUACCUCCCACACGCACCUUGUCUCUCCUUCCCCUUUAUUACCAUUUUGUACUUGAUACCUUCUCCAUGAGCAGUGGCGCAGUUGGAAGGAAGGAGCCAGGAAGCUGGGAGCAAGCCUUCUUUCCCUAGAGAGAUGGCUUUAGGAGCUUUAGACAGUAUGGUCAUAAAGCAAGGUUGCACCUCUAUAUGUUGGGAGAUGAUGAUGAUGAUGUCCAUUGCUGUGUGAUGGCUUGGAAUUUAAUUUAUUUAAUUAAAAUCAAAUUGGAAUUUACAAA